ACGUCACUGGAGGAGGAGGGGCUUGAACGCCACUUUUCCUGAGAUGAAAGUGAAAGUUAGUCUGAGUGUGAGCAGAGCUGCGGUCGAGAAAAGUCUCCCUGUUUCUCUCUAAAGACAAAUUCAAGCAAAGUCUUGGAGUUUUUCUCAACUGAACAGCAGAAUCUGUGUCCAUCAGCGGUUGUAGAAAUGUCUGCUGCCAGCUGUCUGCUGACUGAAGAUCAGUUCCUGUGCUCCAUCUGUCUGGAUGUGUUCACUGAUCCUGUCAGCACACCAUGUGGACACAACUUCUGUAAAAGCUGCAUCACUGAACACUGGGAUGUUAAAGUCCUCUAUGAUUGUCCAAACUGUAAAAAGGUUUUCAACACCAAACCUGAGCUACACGUCAACACCUUCAUCUCUGAGAUGGCUGCUCAGUUCAGACAGUCAGCUCAACAGGAAGCCAGCAGCAGCAGCUCAGAGCAACAAGUUUCCAAACCAGGAGAAGUUCCCUGUGACGUCUGCACUGGAACCAAACUGAAGGCCCUGAAGUCCUGCCUGGUGUGUCUGGUUUCUUACUGUGAGACUCACCUGGAGCCUCACCUGACAAUGACAGGUCUGAAGAGACAUCAGCUGAUCGACCCUGUGGAGAACCUGGAAGGCAGGAUGUGUGAGAAGAACGACAAACUGCUGGAGCUGUUCUGUAAGAACGACCAGAUGUGUGUCUGCAUGAUGUGCACUAUCUUAGACCACAAGACUCAUGAUGUUGUUCCUCUGAGAGAAGGAUAUGAAGGAAAGAAGGCCGAGCUGGGGAAGACAGAGGCUGAAAUUCAGCAGAUGAUCCAGAAGAGACGACUGAAGCUUGAAGAGUUCAAACAGUCAGUGGAGCUCAGCAAGAAGAAUGCAGACAGAGAGAUGGCAGAAGGUGUUCAGGUCUUCAGCGCUCUGAUGGAGACUGUUGAGAGACGCCUAAAUAAUCUGAUGGACACGAUCAAAGAGAAGCAGAGAGAGACGGAGGAACAGGCUGAAGGCUUCAUCAAAGAGCUGCAACAGGAAAUCUCUGAGCUGGAGAAGAGAAGCUCUGAAGUGAAGAAGCUCUCACGCUCUGAAGACCACCUCCACCUCCUCCAAAACAUCACGGCCCUGAACGCUGCUCCACCCACCAAGAACUGGACUGGAGUCAGAGUCCAUCCACCUUCAUAUGAGGGGACUGUGGUGAGAGCUGUGAAGCAGCUGGAGGAGACGCUCAGUGAACAGAUGAAGAAGCUGUUUGAGGCCGAGCUGAAGAGAGUCCAGCAGUAUGAGGUGGAUCUGACUCUUGAUCCUGAUACAGCACAUCCUGAUCUCAUCCUGUCUGAUGAUGGAAAACAAGUUCAUGACAGUGAUGUGAGGAAGAAUCUCCCAAACAAUCCAGAGAGAUUUGAUACUUGUCCCUGUGUCUUAUCAAAGCAGAGUUUCUCUUCAGGCAGAUUUUACUUCGAGGUUCAGGUUAAAGGGAAGACAAAGUGGGAUUUAGGAGUGGCCAGAGAGUCGAUCAACAGGAAGGGAAAAAUCACAGUGACUCCUCAGAAAGGUUUCUGGACGAUAUAUUUGAGUAAUGAAAAUGAGUACAAGGCUUGUGCUGGCCCUUCAGUCCGUCUCUCUCUGCAGUCUGAUCCUGAGAAGGUGGGGGUGUUUGUGGACUAUGAGGAGGGUCUGGUCUCCUUUUAUGAUGUUGAUGCUGCAGCUCUGAUCUACUCCUUCACUGGCUGCUCCUUCACUGAGAAACUCUACCCAUACUUCGGUCCCUGUACUAAUGAUGGAGGUAAAAACUCUGCUCCUCUGAUCAUCUCUCCUGUCAACCAAACUGAGGAGAGCAACCACUGAGUUUCAGAGAAAGGUUGAUGUCAAAGAGAACACGUGAAGAGGUGUCCAUCAUCACAAAUGUCUUUAAGGCCUUUAAGGUGUCCUUUAGUUCCUGAAUAUGACCCUUGAUGUGUUUGAUCUUUGCCGUGGAAAACUACAAAUAAAUAAAUAAGACAUUUUCAGCA